AUGAGGUGGCAGUACAAAGAAGACUUUCCCUUCGAAAAGAGGAGAAGUGAAGGUCAGAUGAUUCGAAAGAAAUAUCCCGAUCGGAUACCGGUAAUUGUAGAGAAGGCUCCUAAGGCGCGUGUUGUAGAUAUAGAUAAAAAGAAAUACUUGGUUCCCGCAGAUUUAACUGUUGGGCAAUUUCACUUCUUAAUCAGAAAGAGAGUUGCGUUACGACCAGAAGACGCUUUGUUUUUCACUGUGAAUAAUGUCAUCCCACCAACAAGCAUGACAAUGGGUUCGUUAUACGAAGAUCAUCAUGAAGAAGAUUUCUUCCUGUAUGUAGCCUACAGUGACGAAAGUGUUUAUGGAUUAUAAUGCUAUGCGCAAUUAAACGGAAAAUAUAAUCUAUCAGCAAGUUCCGUCAUAUAAUAAUUUCCCAACGAAAUUUAGUCAAAAUGAAGA